AUGUCGCCACGCCCGCCGCCGCCUGAGGCCUUUGUCAACCCUCUCCCGCCACCGCCGCCGUCCUCCUCCUGGGCGUCAUCGCCGCUUCUCCUCCUCCGCUCCGUCGUGCCGACUCUCCCUUCUCUGCCGACAUUCUUUUUCAUCCUCGGAUUCCUCCUCGGCCUUAUCGUCGCCUUAAACCUGCACCGCGAGUUCUUUUCCCAGAGUCCAGGGGAGGGAAACGAUGACGAGAUUCAUCACCACCAACUUGGCGCUCCGAAAAUUCCUCACCCUUCUCACUGCCAACACCACCAUCGCCACCACCUGACACUCAACCGCCCGUGUCAACACAUUGCGAAGACACACCGCAAACGACCCCUCUACGAUAUCGCCGGAGGGCUACUCCACCUCGCCCCAGGGCUACCGCGUCCCCGACCAGCCAUCUGCGUCCACUGCCUCGUCGCGCGCGUCGCCGAGGAUGCGAGCCAACCGCCAUCGCUGUCGUAUGGGUACAUGGACGAUGAGAAUCUCGUGGUAGAAGUUCCUCUGUCGGGGCGCAAAUGA